CUAUUCGAACCUUUCCGCCAUUAAAUUGGAUCUCACUGUAUGCUGUAUGUGCAUACUUCGAAAAGAAUAGGUUUUUAUGCAGUUAAUAAAAGAUUAUGCAAUUAUAACGAUUAAAUGGAUAAUUAGUAAUUAUUUACAAAGUCUACCAAUAUUUAGAAAUAUGUAUUUUAGUUACAGCUUUCCUCUAAGAAAAAUUAGGGAUGUUUGACUUUCGUGCAGGUUAGGUCGACAACCUCUUUAAAAUGAUGAUGAAAUGCUGUACCCCCUGUAAUGACUUUUCAUUUUGAGAAUUACUUCUUUUGUGUUAACAUUAGUGAUGAUUGUGCUUAGGCGAUUGUUUACGAAAGGUAUUCUUUGUCAGCGAUUAGAAUAUCGUAGUCCAACGAUUAAACAUGGACAAUUAUUUUACACGUCAUUAACGCCGUUAAAUCGAAUUAACGGGAAAACAUGUAUAUUUUCCACAUUAAGAUAUCACAGCAACAACACCGUACAAGUGAACAUUUUAAAAUCGACCGGGCGUAUCACAACAAAACCAAAGAAUGUGUCGGAACUUAAGAGUCUAAUGAUGUUAGCUGCACCUGAGAAAUGGAGAUUGUUUGGUGCCAUUACAUUUCUGCUAGUCUCGUCUGCUGUCACAAUGGCAGUACCGUUCUGCUUAGGAAAAAUAAUCGAUAUAAUCUAUACUAAGGACACAGAGAACAUGAGGAAAAAUCUCAAUCAAUUAUGUAUUGUCUUUUUUGGAGUAUUCGUUGUCGGAGCUAUAUGUAACUUUGCUAGAGUGUAUCUAAUGUCAACAACGGGGCACCGAGUUGCUCAGUCUUUGAAAAGAGAAUUAUACAGUGCAAUUUUACAUCAAGAAACAGCCAUGUUUGAUAAGCGUAGUACAGGAGAAUUAGUUGGCAGAUUAACCGGAGAUACACAACUUGUUAGCUCUGCCAUAACUACUAACAUAUCGAAUGGACUACGUUCUGCCAUAAUGACUAUUAGUGGAAUGUCUAUGAUGUUCUAUGUUUCACCCACAUUGGCUGGUGUUGGUUUAAGCAUAGUCCCACCGAUUGCUGGUAUAGCAAUAAUUUACGGCCGCCACUUAAAGAAAAUUUCUAAAGAUAUUCAAAAUAAUGUAGCCACGUUGAACACAAUAGCUGAGGAAAAAAUUUCCAAUAUAAGGACAGUGAAGAAUUUUUCCAAGGAGAAAUCCGAAAUUAAACGUUACAAUUCCCAGUUAGAAAACAUACUUAGAGUAUGUUACAAAGAAAGUUUGCUCAGAGGAAUAUUUUUUGGAUUCACUGGUUUUACUGGAAAUGCAAUUAUUCUUUCUGUGUUGUAUUAUGGUGGAGUCAUGAUCUCUGAUGCUUCUAUUACAGUCGGAAGCUUAAGUUCUUUCUUGUUAUAUACAGCAUAUGUAGGAAUUUCUUUAAACGGAUUAUCUUCGUUUUAUGUUGAAUUAAAUAAAGCACUAGGUGCAAACACACGUAUCUCUGAAUUGAUACAAAGACAUCCAAAAAUACCUGUUGAAGGUGGUAAGAUUUUAGAGAAGGAUUUAUCAGGUGAUAUUGAAUUCCGAAAUCUCAGUUUUGCUUAUCCUACAAGAAAGAACGUAUCUGUAUUGAACAAUUUCAAUUUGAUCAUUUCGAAAUCUACAGUAGUUGCUCUUGUUGGUUCUUCGGGUUCUGGAAAGUCUACAAUAGCUUCGCUUUUAUUAAGGCUAUAUGAUCCAGAUUCGGGAUGUAUAAUUAUGGAUGGUCAUGAUCUAAGAUCUCUUGAUCCUAUGUGGGUAAAGUCACAAUUAAGUAUUGUUUCUCAGGAGCCAGUACUAUUUAGUGGUACAAUAAGAGAAAAUAUAUUGUAUGGAGUAGAAGAUUCAAGAAAAUGUGAAUCAGAAAUAGAAAAUGUUGCAAAAGAUGCAUACGUCUUACAAUUUACAAAAGACAUGCCAGAUGGUUUAAACACUAUAAUCGGAGAAAGGGGUGUUACACUCAGCGGUGGGCAAAGACAAAGGGUUGCUAUUGCUAGAGCACUAUUGAAGGAACCAAAAAUUUUAAUUCUGGAUGAAGCAACAAGUGCGCUAGACGCUGAAAGUGAACAUUAUGUACAAGAGGCUUUAAAAAAUGCUAUCAAAGGGCGAACCGUAUUAACAAUAGCCCAUAGACUUAGUACGAUAAAAAAUGCUGAUAAAAUUAUAGUUUUGAAUAAGGGUCAGGUAGCAGAAACAGGAACGUAUAAAGAACUUAUGAAUAUUGACAAUGGAUAUUUUUAUAAAUUGGUUCAACAUCAGACUUUCACAUAAACUCGGGAUUAACUACACACGUAUUAUGAAAUACGCACAUGCAUUACAUACGCGCAUAAUAAACGUGUUAGGAAUCGAGUAAAAUAAAGGAAUUGGAGUGAAGCCAUUAACAUAGGGCAUUGAAAAUUACAUGAGACUUGUAAUAAAUAAUUAGUAAAUUUAUUAAUUUAAUUUCUGAAAUACAUUAUCUUAUUUUGUAAUCUAUGAA